ACUCUAUGUUAAUUUUUCAUACAGAAAAGACAAGUUUUGGAAGAGUGUAAUGAUUUAGAACCUAGAAUUAGUGCUCUGGAUGAUGAUCUUGAUGAUGUUGAAUCAGAUGACGAUGAGGAUAAGGUAAAAAGAUGAAAAAUACUAUUAUAAAAUUUAAAUAUUGUUAUAAUCAAUGAAUUAUUCAUAUAGGACCUGAGAAGAAGCUUAACACCAGAUAGACGUCUUCCACUUCAUUUAAAAAGAGACGAUGAUAACAAUAAGAGAAAUCUUUCUCCACUUCGUCACAGACGUAGUCGAAGUAGGUCUCCUCACAAACGAGGGCAUUCUUCAAGAAGAUCGAGAUCUAGAGAAAGACACCAGUGUCAGAGUCGUUCCCGAGAAAGGGACAGAGAGAGGGGAAAUGAUCGUGAGAAAACUCGUGAUAAAAACAGAAGACAUCGAUCAAGAUCACCAGGACAUAAGAAAAAAUCAAGUAAACACAGUCGAAGGGAAAAAGAAAACGAUCCAGGUGAUAGAGAAAGAAGAGAUCAGUGAAGGCAGAAAUGAGAAGAUUGUGAAGGGAGAAAGCAGAGAUAAGAUUGCUGAAGCAAAUGCACUUCGUGCUAUACUUGGCUUGCCUCCAUUACGACCAUAGAUUUUGUAUAUAACAUCACAUAAUAAAUAUAUCAUAACUGUCAAUGACCAUUUUAAAAUUGUUUUUAAAUCAUGUUCAUUUUUAGUUGUACAGGAAUUGUAAUUUUAUAAUUAAAAUGCUUAA